AUGGAGAGGUCAGAACAGAGGAGAGAGGGCAGGGCGGGGGAUGGGGAGGCACAAAGGCAAGGUUCAAAAUCCAGUACAACGGCUGAGGUUUUGGAAGGGCUAAGGCGACACCCACCAGGCCACUUCGUAUUGCCACAUGCUGUCACGGAAGAUAUUGUGUUGGACGGCCAUGUUAUACCAAAGAAUGCCGCAGUGAAUUUCACGGUUGCAGAGAUGGGGAGGGAUCUAAAGGUUUGGAAAGAUCCAAUGGAGUUUAAACCAGAGAGGUUCCUGGGUGACGAAGGGAAACAGUUUGACAUAACAGGGAGUAGGGAGAUUAAGAUGAUGCCAUUUGGUGUAGGGAGGAGGAUUUGCCCAGGACUUGGGUUAGCUGUGCUGCAUCUGGAGUUUUUUGUAGCAAAUUUGAUCAGAGAUUACAAAUGGACAGCUGUUGAGGGAGUUGAUGUUGACUUGUCAGAGAAGCUAGAGUUCACAGUGGUCAUGAAAAAUCCAUUGCAAGCCCACAUCUCUCCAAGGGUGAAAUAAGAGAUUCUCAUCAAUCUAUUAAUUACUUCUUUAUAUU